UACAGCGGCGACUAUUCAAUCAUACUUAACUUAAGUCGAGACAAGAGCAAAGUCAUUCGUGCGCCGACUAGAGUCGCGUCUGCUCGUCCCGUCGUCCCGAAAAUUCGAACCCGCGGCAAUUCGCACCAACGACAACGCCAACCUCAAACAAAUGUUAAGGUUAUCGCAUUCCUCGGAAAAACCACGCUCCAAUCACUAAAAUGAUUCAGUGAUUAUCAGAAACGUGCACGAUGUCCUCAGAAAGUCGCGAGCCUGGCGAUGGGCCGCAGCCGCCGCCCCCCGUCCCCACCGCCAACGAAACCACCCAACUCACCCCCGCCUCCACCUACUUCGCCGACGAAAAAAUCCAAAUCCCGGAAAUCGAGUCCUCGGGGUUCAGUUUCAGGAAGUUGUGGGCGUUCACGGGUCCUGGGUUUCUCAUGUCCAUUGCUUAUCUGGACCCUGGUAACAUCGAGAGUGACUUACAAAGCGGCACCGUCGCCCAGUAUAAAUUACUAUGGGUUUUGUUAAGCGCGACGAUUUUGGGGCUGCUCAUGCAACGACUGAGCGCUCGUUUGGGGGUGGUCACCGGGUUGCAUUUAGCAGAAAUGUGUUACCGACAAUACCGAAAAGUCCCAAGACUCAUCCUCUGGAUUAUGAUUGAAAUAGCCAUCAUUGGGUCUGACAUGCAAGAAGUCAUAGGCACAGCGAUUGCGAUUUACUUGUUGUCUAAUAAAGCGAUCCCGCUAUGGGGCGGCGUUUUAAUCACGAUCGUGGACACUUUCACCUUCCUGUUCCUGGAUAAGUACGGCUUGAGAAAACUGGAGCUGUUUUUCGGGUUGCUGAUCACGGUGAUGGGGGUGACGUUCGGGUUUGAGUACAUCACGUCUAAGCCGAGUCAGCUGGAGGUGAUCGAGGGGAUGUUCGUGCCGUGGUGCGAGGGGUGCGACUCAGGGGCACUUCUCCAAGCCGUGGGGAUCGUUGGUGCCGUGAUCAUGCCCCACAACCUCUACCUCCACUCCGCCCUCGUGAAAUCCCGCGACGUCGAUCGCACCCGAUCGACCAAAAUCCGCGACGCCAACUUGUACUUCUUCGUGGAAGCCGCCAUCGCCCUCUUCGUCAGUUUCGUGAUCAACGUCUUCGUGGUGGCGGUUUUCGCCCACGGACUCUACCACAAAACAAACAAAGAAGUGCACGAUUUGUGCGUGCACUACCCUUCGAUCAACGCGUCGAUUUUCCCCGAGAACGACAACUACGUAGACGCGGAUUUGUACAAAGGGGGCAUUUUCCUGGGGUGCACGUACGGGUUGAUAGCCAUGUACAUAUGGGCCGUGGGGAUUUUAGCCGCUGGACAGAGUUCCACGAUGACUGGGACUUACGCUGGACAGUUCACCAUGGAGGGGUUCCUCAAUUUGCAAUGGGCGCGCUGGAAGAGAGUCCUGUUCACCAGGACCAUCGCGAUUAUUCCGACGUUUUGUCUCGCCUUCUUCAGCCACAUUGAGGACUUGACGGGGAUGAACGACGUUCUCAACGCCAUUAUGAGCUUGCAGUUGCCGUUCGCCACGAUUCCGACGAUCGCGUUCACGAGUAAUCCGCAGAUAAUGGGGGAGUUUGUGAAUGGAUGGUUUAAUAAAGUGGCGUCUAUACUACUAAGCGUGGUGGUGAUCGCCAUCAACACCUACUUCGUGGUUCAAACCAUGAACGACCUGCACUUACACUGGUACGCCCUAUUCUUCGUGGUGAUAAUAGGAAUUUGUUAUUUGAUAUUCUGUGCAUAUCUUGUGAUCCAUAUGGCCAUAUCAAUGGGGAAUACGAAUUUACUGAGGUACGGUCUAGUCAGGAGGUACAUCAUGGCCCCCACUGAUGCCCAAUUGUCCGUAAACCCGAUUAGCUACUCGAGCUUAAAGAAAAAAGAUAAUGUACUAACGAAAGACUUGAAAUUUUGACUUAUCGAUAUCGGACUGGACCUUGGGCAGUACCGCGACGGAAAUUGCCAGAUUUUGACGCUAUUUAGUGAAUUGUACAUUCUAGAGAUUGUAGUUUUAUAAUGUAACAAUCGUGACGUGUGAUAUUUUACAUUGUGUAACGUGCAUAGAAAUUGACGCUGUAAUUGUUACGAAAUAUAUUUUAUUUACAGUUUUUA